AUGCCUCCACGCGGCUUCACCAACCCCGCACCGAAGACGGAGAGCGCUCGUGAAGCCGUAAAAUCCUUUUAUUGCGAAUUAUGCAGUAAAGGGUAUGCACGCAUGAACGAAUACGAAGCUCAUCUAUCUUCCUACGACCACUCGCACAAGCAACGCCUGAAGGACAUGCGCCAGCUCAGUCGUGAUCCUCUUGCGUCGUCCAAAGCCCGCAAAGCAGAAGCCAAAGCCAACUCGCAAUCGGGGCUGAUCUCCAUCAAGAUUGGGGGUGAUUCUGGUGGAGCUGCGAGUGCUGCGGGCAGCGGAAGUGGAUUUAAGAAGGGAGGCUUCAAGAAAGCUGGGUUCAAAAGCGCCUUUGCACCUGCGGAUGGGGAAGCCACGAAGGAAGACACCAAACCGGAAGAGAAUGCGAAGAAAGAAAGCAGCUUGAGGAUUGUGGAUCAAGGAUUUGAAGCCGAGAGUGAUACCGAAGACGAGGGCUACGAAGUCUACAACCCAAGAUACCCAACCGAAUGA